GGGACGUUGUCUUCGCCCAUUCAGUGUACAAUGACGAAGAACAGCCGCUUUUUAUGUUGGCGCGUUUCCUGCUUCAGAUAGCCGGAUUUUUAAUGGCCACAUUAGCUUUCUAUUGUCCCUCUGUUUGGCUGUAUGAGCGGCUUGUGAAGGGCUGACAGGCGCCUUUUUUGUGUGGCGUUGUGGUAACAGACAAGGGACUAAGGCGUGUUCAUGUUUCACGGAUGUUACCCGGGAAAGAAGAGAGGGACGAAGGGGCUAUCUUUCAUUUCAUGUUGCCUGUGGAUGUGACUAUCACCGCUCGCUCGGGUUCAGCAGGACAUGACGGAGGAGGGCUGCCGGCGGGGGCUCUUGCUAGCUGUUGAAUGGCAAGCACUCAAAGAACAAGAUGAACUAUGACUGCGGAGCUGAGGAGUGUUGACUGGGAGCUGUUACGCGAUUUUUUUUAAAGAAAACACGCAGACAGUUAACGCAUUUUUGUUUUCGUGAAGGCUAACGUUGGUUCAACACGUUGAAACGCAAAGGAGGUUUAAUUCAGGCGCGGCCAGGCGAGCCAACAAUGCGGAUUACCUCUUGACUGUUUGCCUUUGUGUCAAUGCAGACUGUGUGCAUAAAGUUGAGAUAACACCCAGGACAAAUAGCCUACCCUUUUCCAAUCAUCGUGUUGAUUUUAUUGUCUUAGAAAAGGAGACAAUACGUUGACGGGAGGGACAAAUCCCACAUGUGCACAGGUGGUCUGUGAAGCCGCAAGCUGACUGAAAACAGAGCAACAGGGGCAGCGAUGGCGAACGACUCCAUACAAAGUGACCCAGGUGGGCUUUCGGUUCUGGAGCAGCUCGGUCUGGACCAGAACUCAGAUUUCUCCGACUCCAGUGUGCAGCAGCUUCUGGACGAGCAGCGCGAAAGGAUCCGCAGAGAGAUACGUAAGGAGCUGAAAAUCAAGGAGGGAGCUGAGAACCUACGCAGGGCGACGACUGACAAGAGGAACGCUCAGCAGGUGGACAGCCAGCUGCGCUCCUCUAACCGCAGGCUGGACAACCUGCAUGCUCAGCUGCAGGAACUGGAUGCUCACAUUGUGGUGAAAGGAGGAGAGGAGAACAAAGAUGAGUGUCCUCACUCUCCUGGGGCAGAGAGUCGUACGUCAGCUCACAAGGAACGCAUCGCUGCCCUGGAGAGACAGCUCAACAUCGAGCUCAAAGUCAAACAGGGAGUUGAAAACAUGAUCCCCAUCUACUCUAAUGGAUCCACAAAGGAUAAGAAGAUGCUGCAGACGGCCCAGCAGAUGCUGCAGGACAGUAAAACCAAAAUUGACAUUAUCCGCAUGCAAAUCCGCAAGGCUGUGCAGGCCACUGAGCACAAUGAUGACACACAGGGUAACCAGGACCUCUGCGGGGUGGAGCUGCGUAUUGAAGAGCUGAGACAUCACUACAGGGUGGAACAUGCUGUCGCUGAGGGUGCAAAAAAUGUGCUCAGGCUCCUGGGCGCCAGCAAGGUCCAGGACAAGAAGGCCCUGUCUGAGGCACAGUCUCGUCUGAGCGAGGCGUCUCAGCGGUUAGACCUGCUGAGGGACUCUCUGGACCAGCGUCUGGCAGAGCUGCCAGAGGACCAUCCCAAAGCCAGCGUCAUCAAAGAGGAACUAGUCCUUGCCUCCUCACCUGCCUUCAGCUCUCGCCAUGGCGCCCCCUACCUCCACAACCAGUACAGCACCCUCAACAAGCCCUCACCUCUCACUGGUACCUUACAGGUGCAGCUGCUGGGCUGUGUGGGGUUGUUGGAGGUGGUACCAGGUCGCAAUAAAGGGACAGCUGUCAUGCUGCCCUGCUACAGCCCUGGAGACACUAGGUCCUUCAUGAGAGGCAGCAAGGGACUCUACGGCAGGAGCGGCUCAGUCAGCGGGAAGACACCCAGCAAGGCAGAUGAGCUCUCCUCUGAGGUGAGCACAGUCCUGAAGCUGGAUAACACAGUGGUGGGCCAGACAGCUUGGAGGACUGUGGGAGAACAGGCAUGGGACCAGACUUUCACUGUGGAGCUGGAAAGGUCGAGGGAGAUGGAGAUUGCUGUUUACUGGAAGGACUACCGCUCGUUGUGUGCUCUGAAGUACGUGAAGCUGGAGGAGUUCUUGGACAACCAGAAACACAGAGUUCAGCUGGAGCUGGAGCCUCAAGGCCUGCUGCUGGCUGAGGUGACCUUCUUCAACCCAGUCAUUGAGAGAGUUCCUCGCCUGCAGAGGCAGAAGAAGGUGUUUUCUAAGCAGCAAGGCAAGGCAUUCCUGCGGGCUCGUCAGAUGAACGUGGAUAUCGGGACAUGGGUGAGGCUACUUCGAAACGCCAUUCCCACCGUCAACAACUCAGGAACCUACAGUCCCAACGCGCACAGCCUAACACUCAACUCUGGGGAGGUCUCAGUGGAGAAGUUGAGUCUGGACAGCGACUCGCCGAUAAGAGGCGAUUACAAGAGAGACGUGGACACACACACCCCGGACCGACUGCCAGUCAUCGAGCCCUUCUCCCCCCCAGACCUCACCCCUGAGUGCCCUGUCCGAUCCCCGUCUGUCAGCAGUAAGCAGAGGAAAGGUCCUCUGUCCCUCCAGGACUUUAGACUGAUCGCUGUGUUGGGCAGGGGACACUUUGGGAAGGUGUUGCUGUCAGAAUACAAGAAGACGGGCACAAUGUACGCCAUCAAAGCCCUGAAGAAGGGAGAUAUCAUAGCUCGGGAUGAGGUGGAAAGUCUAAUGUGCGAGAAGCGCAUCUUUGAGAUUGUCAACAUGUCGCACCAUCCCUUCCUGGUCAACCUGUUUGCGUGCUUCCAGACUCCGGAGCACGUGUGUUUUGUUAUGGAGUACACAGCAGGAGGUGACCUGAUGAUGCACAUCCACACAGACGUCUUCACAGAGCCACGAGCCGUGUUUUAUGCCGCCUGCGUAGUACUUGGCCUUCAGUUCCUCCAUGACCAUAAGAUUGUGUACAGAGACCUCAAGCUUGACAACCUGCUGUUAGACACCGAUGGUUAUGUGAAGAUUGCUGACUUCGGACUGUGUAAAGAAGGAAUGGGUUUCGGGGACCGGACCAGCACUUUCUGUGGGACUCCAGAGUUUUUGGCCCCAGAGGUCCUAACAGAUACAUCCUACACCAGGGCAGUAGACUGGUGGGGACUUGGUGUCCUUAUCUAUGAAAUGUUGGUGGGAGAGUCUCCAUUCCCAGGGGAUGAUGAAGAGGAGGUGUUUGACAGCAUUGUGAACGAUGAAGUCCGCUACCCACGCUUCCUGUCCACUGAGGCUAUUGGCAUCAUGAGAAGGCUGCUGAGGAGGAACCCAGAGAGAAGACUGGGCUCUGGUGAAAAGGAUGCAGAGGAGGUGAAGAAGCAGCCAUUUUUCAGAAACGUGGACUGGGAGGCGUUGCUGCAGAGGAAGGUGCCCCCUCCCUUCGUCCCCUCCAUUGGUGGCAAGGAAGACGUCAGCAACUUUGACGAGGAGUUCACCACUGAAGCUCCGACCCUCACGCCGCCACGUGAGCCUCGCGUGCUCUCCCGCAAAGACCAGGAAAGCUUCCGGGAAUUCGACUACGUCUCUGACCUCUGCUAGUGAGCUGGGCGCCUCACAGACCUCGAGGAAUGUUCGAUUUUGAAGGCUUCGCAACGGUUGUGCCAGAGUGGACGGACAGUCUCUACUGACUGUCUGCUGACUGUUUGUGUACCGUUAAUUACACUGUGAAUGAAUGCAACAGGAGGAGACCCGAGGCGAUCGGUCUGUGGUUUGUGUGUCUGCAGAGUUUUAAGGGUUGAGGACUGAGAAAAUAAAAGCUGGGACAGAUAGCUGAUGGGGUAAAAUAUUUUAACACAGACCAAGGACAAACAAAGCCCCCUUUCCAAUCAUUGUACAACACACCAGUGACUUGUGUAUCUUGCAAACAUUAGCCUUUAAAAUGCCUCCUCCCAUCCUCUUAUGUGUCAGUGUAGUCACCUGUGCAGCUGUGUGAGGAGGAGCUCGCUGUCUCUCGAAUUGUUGACUGUUUUGGCCUUGCUUAACGGCCUCUCAUACCAAUGCCUUACAUUUGUACUUGUAUUUGAUCCACAGAAAAGCAUUUUGUUUUUAUUUUGUGGCCCUUUGUGUACAGCAGCAGGAUGAACAAUCUGAUGUGCCGCAGAGAUACUCUCAACUGUUCUUUAAAAAAAAAAAGAAAAGGAAAGAGGAUUUAGGAGUGGAAACGGUGACAUUCAGAGUGUAUUUGUACUCAAAGCUUCCCCAGCAGUCAUAUGAUGAUGACCUCCAGUCAUGCUGACCGAUGCUAUGUGAACUACGUGUUAACUACGGGGUAAAGAACCACUGUCUUACUUUUCUUUGGACUUUUACCAACUACUUUUUUAAAAUUUGUGCUCCUUGGGUUUGAAUGUCUGCGACAAAUUGCAAAUGAGUCAUAUUUCACGAGAGGUAACACAGUGCAUUAUUCAGUACUCACCACAUACUUUGUUUGAAUUGGGUAUUUGGGUAUUGAUAUGAACAGAGACAGCAGACACAUAAUCAAAACCACCAGCAUAGAAGCUAUGUGGCAAGCAGGCUAUAUCAUUUUUUUAAUUAGCAAAAAAAAAUCUGAACACUAAGACUUGAUGUAGAAGUAACAGGCACGUUCAUCCAGUUAUCUACAUGCUGCCAGAGUUUUGUGAACAUGAAGUAAGUAAUUUCCCUCCAAGACAAUUACAUCUGACUUUAAACUGAUCAGACUCUGGCUGUAACAGUUGUUUUAGCAUCACCAAUAGAAACUGUCCGUUUUAGUCAUUUUAGGGAAACUGAUAUCUUAGUGAUUUUGGAAAAUCUGGGUGACGCCACGAGCACAACAGACCUCAUUAGCCACUUUUCCACAGUAAAGCCAAUUAGAGCUUGCUGCAGUGAGUGCUGCCUUAGAUCCCAGCCAACAAGUUCUCUUGGCAAUACGUUUCUGAAUGAUCAAUGUCACCUGAGGGAAACAGAAUGUUGGAAAAUGUGAGCCAGUGGUAUAAACCUUGAUAGCAGUCGAGCAUUUCUGAGUACAGGAAAGGUUUGUUGUGAAGUUCUGUGUAUGACGGUGUGGAUUUUACUUAUCUUGUGUAUGACAAUACAAAACCAUGUGAGAGUAUGAGAUGACUUAUUUUAUAAAGAAAACCUGGAGUGAG